AUGAGUCCCACUCUCGACCACAUCGUGAUACUGGUCCCCCGGCCACAACUGCAUGCUCUGCCAUCUUGGGUGACCGACUCCUUUACGGUGAUCGAUGGCGGUCAGCAUGCCGGUGGUGUGACGGAGAACAAGCUGAUCCUGCUCCAGGACGGCAUAUACCUUGAGCUAAUUGCGUUUGUCAGCAAAGGCAAUGGCGAGGGCGACUCUGGUCGCCGAUCGCACCGCUGGGGCGCACAGCCCGAGGGCCGCAUCAUAGACUGGGCAUUGAGCCUCGCUAUGUCGUUUGAAGAAGCCGACGAAGAGUUCAAGCAGAUCCAGGAUUGUGUUCGCGCAGCCGAUGUCGGGUUCGUGUACCAAGACCUUGUGGCUGGCGGCCGUACCACCCCCGACGGCGUGGUCCUCGAGUGGGCCACUGCCUCGCCUGCGGCCAUCUCAAGAGGGUCCAAAGGGCCAGAAUCUGACCUGAGCGGCGGUCUGCUCCCGUUCUGGUGUCUCGACCGGACUGAGCGCAAGCUGCGUGUCCCCUACGCCUCUGCCGGCGGCAGCCUGGCCCGGCAUCCCUCAGCGGCCAUCGGUGUGGCUGAAGUUACGAUCUAUGUCGCUGAUUCUGUGCUGCUUGAUCGGCUGCGUCGUGUAUACGAUGCCAUUCUGCACAAAACGGCAGAGUUCGAGUGGGACUUGGCCAUCCCGGAUAAGCCACAGCACAGGCUCUCGCCGCGGCUUAGGCUUGUUCUGCUCGCCAAGGAAACGGUCUCAGAAAAGGAUCUUGAAUACGGCCAGCGAAUUGAGCUGUCGCUCUUCACGACGAGCGAGUCACGGACUGUUGGUGGUCAGUUCGUGGACGGGUGGUAUAUUGAGGUUCGGCUGGAAAAGGCGCAAUAUGGCGGGGAAAUUGCGUGA